AUGUUUUACACUUGCGGUCCAAAUGAAGCAAUGGUGGUGUCAGGUUUCUGUCGCUCACCUCCAGUCAUGAUCUCUGGUGGUAGAGUGUUUGUUUUCCCAUGCAUUCAGCAGAUACAAAGGAUCUCUUUGAACACUCUUACGCUGAAUGUUAAGAGUGAUAAAGUCUACACACGUCAUGGAGUGCCCAUCUCUGUCACUGGAAUCGCGCAGAUGAAGAUUCAAGGGCAAAAUAAACAGAUGUUGGCUGCAGCAUGUCAGAUGUUUCUGGGAAAGUCAGAGGGUGAGAUUGCCCACAUUGCCUUGGAAACACUGGAGGGUCACCAGAGAGCCAUCAUUGCUCACCUGACCGUGGAGGAGAUCUACAAAGACAGAAAGAAGUUUUCCGAGCAGGUGUUCAAGGUGGCUUCGUCUGACCUUGUCAACAUGGGCAUCAGUGUGGUCAGCUACACACUCAAAGACGUUCAUGAUGACCAGGAUUACCUGCACUCUCUGGGGAAGGCCCGUACAGCACAAGUGCAGAAGGAUGCUCGUAUUGGGGAAGCCAUGAACAAAAGAGACGCAGUGAUCAGGGAGGCCAAUGCCAUACAGGAGAAGGUAUCUGCUCAGUACAUGAAUGAGAUCGAGAUGGCUAAGGCUCAGAGAGACUACGAGCUGAAGAAGGCUGUCUAUGACAUUGAGGUCUUCACCAAAAAAGCUGAGUCUGAAAUGGCCUAUCAGCUCCAGGUGGCAAAGACCAAGCAGCGGAUCGAGGAGGAGAAGAUGCAGGUGUUGGUGGUGGAGCGCUCACAGCAAAUCACGCUUCAGCAACAGGAGAUCACACGCAAGGAGAAAGAGCUGGAGGCCAAAGUCAAGAAACCAGCCGAUGCCGAACGAUACCGGCUGGAGAAACUGGCCGAAGCAGAACGUCUUCAGCUAAUCAUGGAGGCAGAAGCGGAGGCCGAAUCUAUCAAAAUGAGAGGAGAGGCUGAAGCAUACGCUGUGGAGGCUAAAGGUCGUGCCGAGGCUGAGCAGAUGGCCAAGAAGGCUGAGGCCUUCCAGCACUACAAGGAAGGAGCAAUGGUGGACAUGUUGCUGGAGAAACUGCCGCUGAUGGCAGAGGAGAUCAGCAAGCCCCUGUCAGCUGCCAAUAAGGUCACCAUGGUUUCCAGUGGAGGUUCAGAGAUCGGUGCAGCCAAGCUGACCGGUGAAGUGCUUGACAUCAUGACCAGACUGCCUGAAACCAUUGAGAAACUAACUGGGGUCACCAUUUCCCAGGUGGCCCAGACUGGUUGAAGAAAUUCUCCAACAUGACAUUUCUGUAUGCAUGCAUCAUUAAUCUUCCCUAGUAUAUUUUUCUCUCACUCUCACAUUUUCCUCGCGUUCUUUAUCUUACAAAUGACUAUCUUUUCUGUCUUUGACAAUUUAUUUCUUCUACUUUUAUCUGUCUUUUCCUCCACACUGCAUCUCUUUGGUUUUCCCUUUCCCAUGUUUCUCUCUCGACUUACACUUCCUGUCUGUCUUGCCAUGCUGCCAAAACACAAAGUGCAUUUUAAUCUAAACUCCAGGGAAGAAUGCUGUUCUUUAUAUUUUUAAUGCAAUCAUAAGAAGACAGUGAAGUAACGGAUCUGUUGAAUGCCAUUAGACACUGCAAAUUCUGACUUUUUGAAAUGUUAUUUCACCUGUAGUUUUUCUUAUAGAACAUUUUUAAUCCUGGUAGUGCAGUAAGAGCAUUUCAUUAUAUUUGAGCUUUCCAUUAGGUAAGCUUUUGGAAGCCAAAGUAACAUGAAGGGAAAGACAUUAACAAGGAACUGAUGCUGUUGUAUCAUUUGUUUCUGUUGGUUGAAUAGAAUAUACUUUCACUUUACCUCAGCAGUACAUUAUAGCUAUAUUAUUUAGACAUAAUCAUGUAGAAGUUAUAGCAGUUAUCUGCUUCAAAUGGUACUGCACUCUGAAAUCUGAAGGUACUGCCAAUAAUGUCAGAUCUUCAUAUGUGUGCGUUUAAAUGUUUAUUCAAAUGAACAGUCAAGUUGACUUUAUGUGUUAUGCAGAAUUACAGGUUAGUAAGUAUUUAAAAAAAUAACGGAUUUAUUUCACAAUUAUUGUUUGAAGGGUUUUUGGUAUAAAGUGUUUUCAUGCAUGAUUGAAGGGUGCGAUUUUAUACAUACAUGCACACAUUUAUAUAUCCUUAAAGGGUUAGUUCACCCAAAAAUUAAAAUGAUGUCAUUAAUGACUCACCCUCAUGUCGUUCCAAACCCAUAAGACCUCCGUUUAUCUUCGG